CAAAUGAAAUUGUAUAAAAAUUUUAACAUUUAUAAUUUAUCGGUAUCGGUUAGCUAAAUUUCGCAGUACAUUUUUUUUGAUAAACAACAAAAUAACCCUGCGCGCACAUACCAACAAAUAAAAACGAAAAGAGAAAACAGCAGCAGCAACAACAACGAAAACACAAGUGGCAGUGUUUGUUGGUGUCGGCAACGAGUGAGAGAGAGUGCAAGUGAGAGAAGAGGAAGAACAGCGUUCAGUUCGUUCGUCCGUCAGUUCGCGUGUGUGCGUGCGUGCGUACGUGUGUGUGUGUAUGUUGUGUGAGAGCAAGCGCAAAACAUUCACACAUCAAUUUUGAUAACUGAAAAAGCAAAAAGGCAAAAAAAUAUACAACACAACAAAACGAAGCAAAAGCAGAGUGCAAAAAAAAGCCACAACUCAGGCAGAGAGGCUGUGUGGCGUAGGCGUUGCUGUCCGCUGUCCGCUGCUAACGUAAACGUCGUAACCACGAAAAAUUCGUGAUCGUUAUCGAUAAACCCCUCCAAAAAAAAAAAAAAUAGAAAAAGAAAAAGAAACGUAAAAGUCAACUAAACGAGCUAAGAACAAGUCAUCAUGGAUAAUUUGAUUCCGAUCGUCAAUAAGCUGCAAGAUGCGUUCACAUCGCUGGGUGUGCACAUGCAACUGGACUUGCCACAGAUUGCCGUCGUCGGUGGCCAAUCAGCGGGCAAGAGUUCCGUGCUGGAGAACUUUGUGGGCAAAGACUUUUUACCUCGAGGUUCGGGCAUUGUAACGCGCAGACCUUUGAUUUUGCAAUUGAUUAACGGCAUUACCGAAUAUGGCGAAUUUCUGCAUUGCAAGGGCAAAAAGUUCUCCAGCUUCGAUGAGAUACGCAAAGAGAUUGAGGAUGAGACGGAUCGUGUGACGGGCAGCAACAAAGGCAUCUCAAACAUUCCGAUUAAUUUGCGCGUCUAUUCGCCGUACGUGCUCAAUUUGACGCUCAUCGAUUUGCCCGGCUUGACGAAGGUGGCGAUCGGUGAUCAGCCCGUUGAUAUUGAGCAGCAGAUUAAGCAAAUGAUAUUCCAAUUUAUACGCAAAGAGACCUGUCUCAUUCUGGCCGUAACGCCGGCCAACACCGAUCUGGCCAAUUCGGAUGCCCUCAAGCUGGCCAAAGAGGUCGAUCCCCAGGGCGUACGCACGAUCGGUGUGAUCACCAAGCUAGAUCUCAUGGACGAGGGCACCGAUGCCCGUGACAUACUCGAGAACAAGCUGUUGCCGCUGCGGCGUGGCUACAUUGGCGUUGUGAAUCGAUCGCAAAAGGACAUCGAGGGCAGGAAGGAUAUCCAUCAGGCGCUGGCCGCUGAGCGUAAAUUCUUUCUCAGCCAUCCAUCGUAUCGCCACAUGGCCGAUCGCCUGGGCACACCAUAUUUGCAGCGUGUGCUGAACCAACAGCUCACCAAUCACAUCCGCGACACAUUGCCGGGUCUGCGUGACAAGUUGCAAAAGCAAAUGCUCACCCUCGAGAAGGAGGUGGAGGAGUUUAAGCAUUUUCAGCCCGGCGAUGCCAGCAUCAAGACAAAGGCCAUGUUGCAAAUGAUACAGCAGCUGCAGUCGGACUUUGAGCGAACCAUCGAGGGCAGCGGCUCCGCAUUGGUCAACACAAAUGAGCUCUCUGGCGGCGCCAAGAUCAAUCGCAUAUUCCACGAGCGUCUACGCUUUGAGAUUGUGAAAAUGGCGUGUGAUGAGAAGGAGCUGCGCCGUGAGAUCUCGUUUGCCAUUCGCAACAUUCAUGGUAUUCGUGUCGGUCUCUUCACGCCCGACAUGGCCUUCGAGGCGAUUGUGAAGAGGCAGAUAGCGCUGCUCAAGGAGCCAGUGAUCAAGUGUGUUGAUCUAGUCGUGCAGGAAUUGUCCGUAGUCGUGCGCAUGUGCACCGAUAAGAUGAAUCGCUAUCCACGCUUGCGUGAGGAAACUGAACGCAUCAUUACCACACAUGUGCGACAGCGUGAGCAGCGAUGCAAGGAGCAAAUACUGCUGUUGAUUGACUUUGAGCUCGCCUACAUGAAUACCAAUCACGAGGAUUUCAUUGGCUUUGCCAAUGCUCAGAAUAAAUCUGAGAAUGCUAACAAGACCGGCACCCGACAGUUGGGCAAUCAAGUCAUUCGCAAGGGUCACAUGGUCAUCCAAAACUUGGGCAUCAUGAAAGGAGGAUCGCGUCCUUAUUGGUUUGUGCUCACAUCGGAGAGCAUCUCCUGGUACAAGGACGAGGAUGAGAAGGAGAAGAAAUUCAUGUUGCCGUUGGAUGGUUUGAAAUUGCGCGAUAUUGAGCAGGGCUUUAUGUCAAUGUCUAGACGUGUUACAUUUGCUUUAUUCAGUCCCGAUGGACGUAAUGUUUAUAAGGAUUAUAAACAAUUGGAGUUGUCGUGCGAGACAGUCGAGGAUGUGGAGUCCUGGAAGGCAUCAUUCCUCCGCGCCGGCGUCUAUCCCGAGAAGCAGGAGACUCAGGAGAAUGGCGACGAGGAAGGACAAGAGUCGGCAAAUGAGGAAAGCUCAUCGGAUCCACAACUGGAGCGUCAGGUGGAGACAAUUCGCAAUCUGGUCGAUUCGUACAUGAAAAUCGUCACAAAGACCACACGAGAUAUGGUGCCCAAGGCAAUUAUGAUGCUGAUCAUCAACAAUGCCAAGGACUUUAUCAACGGCGAGCUAUUGGCACAUCUCUAUGCCUCUGGUGAUCAGGCACAAAUGAUGGAAGAGUCCGCGGAGUCGGCCACAAGACGCGAGGAAAUGCUGCGCAUGUAUCGCGCCUGCAAGGAUGCUUUGCAAAUUAUCGGUGACGUUUCAAUGGCAACCGUAUCAUCGCCAUUGCCGCCGCCCGUGAAGAACGAUUGGCUACCAAGUGGCUUGGAUCCACAUCUAUCGCCGCCCAGCCCCGGUGGCCCACGCAAGGCAGCACCCACCGCACAGGGCUCGUUGGGUGGUCGCAAUCCACCAUUGCCGCCGGCAACUGGACGCCCAGCGCCCGCAAUUCCCAGCCGCCCAGGCGGUGGUGCUCCUCCGCUGCCAGGCGGUCGGCCAGGCGGUGCUCUGCCACCACCAUUGCUACCAUCUCGCGUCACUGGAGCCGUCGGCGGAGCGAUAACCCAACAAUCGGGCGCCAAUCGAUACAUCCCGGAGAGCAUGCGUGGACAAGUGAACCAGGCUGUUGGCCAGGCGGCAAUGAGCGAACUCUCCAACGUCUUUGCCACCCGAUUCAAUCGACCUGGAAUGAAUGCGCCACCAAAGCUGCCUGAUCGUCCCUCAUAUUACGGAAAUACGACCAAUGGACGCUAUUAAUGAUGAUGAUGAUGAUGAUGAUUCAGCUUUAUAUCCGAUAAUGUAUCUAGCGAGGUCCAUCUGAACAAAAGAGAGAGAGAGAGAGAGAGCAUGGAGCAGCACUGAGCGUUAGAUUUGGAUAUCCUAGAUUGAAUAUCCUAGUAAAACUGUAAAACUCAAUUUGUAUUAUUAUGUAUGUAUUUGUUAAUAGAGGGCAGCUGUGUCUGUCAGCGUGAACGAAAGAGAGCGAACGAUCGCAGGGAGUGUAGAGUGUGUGUUAGAGCGAGCGAGAGAGCGAUAUCGAUAGCGAUAGCGAGUGUGUGUCUGUCUCUUUUUGUAUGUUUUUUUUAUUUUGAUUCGCCUCCCAAAGUGAACUUUUAAAAGUGUGUAGAACACUUGCCGACUGGUCCUUAGAAAUGCUAGACAUAUCAUAGCCGUAAUAGAGUAGUAAACACACACAUGCACAUGCACAAAUACGAAACCCACCCCCGAACACACACACACACACACUUACCGCUUAGGCAUAUACAUACAUACAUUUGUAAUUAAAGCUAAAGCAUAGAGAGAGAGCCAAGUUAUACCGACUAAGUGCAAGCAGCCGCAAAACUGUUAUACAGUCAUACAGUUAUACACACACACCACACACACACACGCACACAGGGCUGCGCUGAAAAAUAUACUAUAUACUAUUAAUAUUGUUAAAGUUCAACAUCCAAAAAGAAAUAUCGUCUCUGUGCAUUGUAAAUAUUUCAAAAGAACACAAAGAAAAACAAAACAAAAACAAAAAACACUUGUUGUUAUAAAUAAUAUAUAAUACGAAACGCUUUAAAUUCACAAUGUUUCCAAAAUAUAUACUUAUAUUUAAAUAUAAAUAUAUAUAGAUAUAAAAUAUAAAUAUACAAAUAUAUAUUUAUUUAUGUAUUUGUUGCUGCGCCUUCUAGACAUGUAUAUUUUUUACACUUAAUUAUCCCCAAAUAUCCUUUUCGGCACGCCACCAACCACUAAAUUUAUUGCAAGUAAUUUUUUUUAUAUAAUUUAUAUACAUAAUUAUAUAUAUAUAUAUACAAUAUAAACAAACAGAAAAUGCAAACCAAUUAUACAUUUUAAUUUUAUAUAUGUAUUUAUGUUUAAGCAAGAGAAAUAAACAAUCAACAAACGAAAA